AAGGCCUUAUAUAUGCAAGUUCUUCGUAGUGUCAAAAAGAUUAUACAUAAUUCCGUGAUAGGUAGUGUUUCUAAUUUGGCCAGUAUUUAUUGAAUUAUUUGAUACUUUCUUUUUCGUAAGAUUUUGUAGGGGCGGCAACCAUGGGCAAUGUUGAGUAUUUAGUGAGCAGUUUGCUGUAGAAGAAGAGCAACAAAAUGAUGGACUUGAUUUUCUUCUCAGUGGAUAAUUCGUUUGAAAACUCUAAGUCCUGCCCAGUGGUUAAAAACAUUUUGCUUCUGGAUUCAGAAGGCAAACGAGUAGCAGUGAAGUAUUAUACUGAUGACUGGGACAUCCUUGCUAGCAAACUAGCAUUUGAGAAGUCAAUUUUUACAAAAACUCAACGAUCUAAUGCUCUUGCAGAAGUGGAAAUUGGAAUGUUUGAUGGCUACAUUGUUGUAUACAAGUUCAUAUCAGAUCUGCACUUCUUUGUCACUGGGGGUGAAAAUGAGAAUGACCUCAUUUUGGCAACUGUUUUGCAAGGUUUUUUUGAUGGAGUUUCUACUUUGCUCAGAAACAAUGUUGAAAAGAGGACAGCUUUGGAGAAUUUGGAUCUCAUUCUUCUCUGUAUAGAUGAGAUGGUGGAUGGAGGAAUUGUCUUGGAAACUGAACCAAGCUUAAUUACUGGGAGGGUUUCAAUGAGGGGUUCAGAUAUAGAACCACUGGGAGAGCAAACCAUAUCUCAAGCAUUUGCCAUGGCAAGGGAGCAUUUAGCAAGAUCACUUCUGAACUAGAAAGCUGCAGAGCUGUUUAGUAAUUGAAGAAAUUUCUGUCUUUUGCUUUCUUGAGAAUUGUUUAACAAUCUGGAUCGUGCAUGUAUUAUUAUGAUAAAUGUUCCAUUUUGGUAGAUACUUUGAGAAGAAUUUUGAGGAACAAGAUCAUGUGAUUAUUGUAAGAAAACCAUGCAAUUAUAACUUCCUGAUUUAGCAGUUGAGGUUGAUUCUAUUGAUUUUAUGAGUCUCUGGGUAAACAUUUAUAGAAGAAUGGAAAUCAUUUUAGUUGAUGAGUCAAAUUGAACAUAUUGAUGACCAAAUCUUGAUUGUAAGGAGACGCACUUGGUAGAUGAUUGGAGACGGUAUUGUGAGAAUAUAGUGGAUAAUGUUUUUCGAUAGGGAACUCUGGAACAUCAGAAUUGUUGCUGAGGUCUAUAAUAGUUGCCAGGAUAUAAAUAAAUAUAUUUAUUCAGUGAUU